AUCAGAUCCCAUUCCCAGUUUGGUGAUCUUUGCCAGAGAGCCACUGCUGCUUCGUGCUGUCCCAGCUGGACACUGGGCAACUAUAUUGCUAUUCUAAACAACAGGUCAUCAUGUCAAAAAAUUGUAGAACGGGACGUCUCGCACACCCUAAAGCUGCUUCGCACAUGUGCCAAAUACUACUACAAUGGAACCCUGGGGCCGGACUGCUGGGAUAUGAAUGCCAAAAGGAAGGACCAACUCAAGUGUACGAAUGUGCCUCGCAAAUGUACCAAGUACAACGCUGUUUACCAGAUCCUUCACUAUCUAGUGGACAAGGAUUUUCUAAGCCCAAAGACAGCUGACUAUGUCUUACCAGCUUUAAAAUACAGCAUGCUCUUCUCUCCGACUGAGAAAGGGGAAAGCAUGAUGGGUAUUUACCUAGAUAACUUUGAGAACUGGAACGCUUCUGACGGUGUAACCACCGUCACAGGGAUUGAGUUUGGAAUAAAACAUAGGUUGUUUCAAGAUUACCUGUUGAUGGAUACUGUGUAUCCUGCCAUAGCCAUUGUAAUUGUUUUAUUAGUUAUGUGUGUAUACACAAAGUCCAUGUUUAUCACGCUGAUGACUAUGUUUGCAAUAAUUAGUUCCUUGAUUAUUUCUUAUUUUCUCUAUCGGGUAGUAUUUAAUUUUGAGUUCUUUCCAUUCAUGAAUCUCACGGCAUUGAUUAUUCUUGUUGGGAUUGGAGCAGAUGAUGCUUUUGUCUUAUGUGAUGUUUGGAACUACACAAAAUUUGAUAAACCUCAUGCUGGAACUUCUGAGACAGUGAGCAUCACGUUGCAGCACGCUGCUCUUUCCAUGUUUGUCACAAGUUUUACUACCGCUGCUGCCUUCUAUGCUAAUUAUGUCAGCAAUAUCACAGCAAUCAGGUGUUUUGGUGUUUAUGCUGGCACUGCUAUUUUGGUGAAUUAUGUUUUGAUGGUUACGUGGCUACCUGCUGUAGUUGUAUUACAUGAACGAUAUCUUCUCAGUAUUUUCAGUUGCUUUAAGAAACCUCAGCAGAGAGUAUACAACCACAAAAACUGCUGGACAGUGUUGUGCCAAAUGUUCCACAAGAUUAUUUUUGCAAUCUCAGAAGCAUCCAGGAUAUUUUUUGAAAAAGUUUUGCCAUGCAUUGUUAUCAAAUUUCGAUAUAUUUGGCUUUUCUGGUUCCUUGCCUUAACAAUUGGUGGAGCAUAUAUCGUGUGUGUAAACCCAAAGAUGAAAUUGCCGUCACUGGAGCUCUCCGAGUUUCAGGUAUUUAGGUCUUCUCACCCAUUUGAACGAUAUGAUGCAGAAUACAAAAAGCUAUUUAUGUUUGAACGUGUCCACCAUGGAGAAGAGCUCCACAUGCCGAUUACGGUAAUCUGGGGUGUCACACCUGAGGAUAAUGGUGACCCUUUAAACCCUAAAAGUAAAGGAAAGCUGCAGCUAGAUAGCAGUUUUAAUAUUGCUAGCCCAGCUUCACAGGUUUGGAUUUUACGUUUCUGUCAGAAGUUAAGAAAUCAAACAUUUUAUUAUCAGACUGAAGAACAAGACUUCACAAGCUGCUUCAUUGAAACAUUUAAGCAGUGGAUGGAAAACCAAGACUGCGAUGAGCCAUCUCUUUACCCCUGCUGCAGCCACUGGAGCUUUCCAUACAAACAAGAAGUUUUUGAAUUAUGUAUCAAGAGAGCUAUAAUGGAGCUAGAAAGAAGCACAGGGUAUCAUUUAGAUAGUAAAACCCCAGGGCCUCGCUUUGACCUAAAUGACACCAUCAGGGCAGUGGUGUUGGAGUUCCAAAGCACCUACCUCUUCACGCUGGCUUAUGAAAAAAUGCAUCAGUUCUACAAAGAGGUGGACUCAUGGAUUUCAAGUGAGCUUAGUUCUGCUCCUGAAGGUCUUAGCAAUGGUUGGUUUGUGAGUAACCUUGAGUUUUAUGAUCUUCAGGACAGUCUUUCUGAUGGUACUCUGAUUGCCAUGGGUCUUUCAGUUGCCGUUGCGUUUAGUGUAAUGCUUCUUACAACUUGGAAUAUAAUUAUAAGCCUUUAUGCAAUAGUUUCAAUAGCUGGAACUAUUUUCGUCACUGUGGGUUCUCUGGUUCUUCUUGGAUGGGAGCUAAAUGUGUUAGAAUCUGUCACUAUUUCGGUGGCUGUUGGCUUGUCUGUAGACUUUGCUGUUCACUAUGGGGUGGCUUAUCGCCUAGCUCCUGACCCUGACCGAGAAGGAAAAGUCAUUUUUUCUUUAAGCCGUAUGGGUUCUGCUAUUGCAAUGGCUGCAUUGACUACGUUUGUAGCUGGAGCAAUGAUGAUGCCCUCUACAGUGUUGGCAUACACGCAGCUUGGCACUUUUAUGAUGCUUAUAAUGUGCAUUAGUUGGGCAUUUGCAACAUUCUUCUUCCAGUGCAUGUGCCGAUGCCUUGGACCCCAGGGCACUUGUGGCCAGAUCCCACUACCAAAAAAAUUGCGAUGUAAUGCCUUCUCUCAGACCUUUUCAGGAGCCCAAGGAGGCAGAGGUCAAAAUAAAUCGCAUCCUGGUAGCAAAUACCAGCUGGACUCCAGAAGUCAAAAACCAGAAAUGGAGCAUGAGCACUAUGAGCUCGAGCCUCUGGCAUCACAGACGGGUAUCUGUAACCCUGCGGAGAAAGUGACUUACGAAGAAACUCCUAUCUGCUCGGAGCUCUUCAGCAGCAGGCCCCAAAACACAUGUAUGCCUUUGCAUUCAGCCUAUAAUAGUGAAGUGAGUAAAAGCAUAAAAAAUGUUGCUAGUUCAGCUGUGCUACAGACAUCUGUUGACCAACACACCAUAUGCCCGAUUUUCUCUCAGAACAGGCAGUGUAGCUGUCCUGAUGCAUAUAAGCAAGUGGCAGUGAAGUGGAAUCCACACUCAUGUCAUCAGUUAAGUGACACCUUCUGUUACCAGUGUUCUCCUUCACCGGGAACCGUACAGAUCCAAAGCUCUGUAGCUCCUAUAAGUGCUUUACAGCAAGCUGCCGAAGGUUACGUGCAUCCGGUCCAGCAUGUCCUCCACUGCAGUUGCCUUCAAGGAAGGCUCAAAAGAACGAUGACGCAGAACUCUCUGCCUAAAAAUUUCUUCCUCCAGUCCGUGCAACAGUUUCAGGCACAUCAAAGAAUAAAUAGGAUGGAUUCACAUGCUCAUCAAAACCCAGAGGAAAGCGUAAGAACUGUUCCAAAGGUGAUGAGCUCCUCACAGUUUCUCUGCCGAAACGCAGGACCUCUGAUAGUGCGUUGCUCUGAAUGUGAGAACAGUGUAUCAAAUAACCAAAAGGGAUUCUGUCAGCAGACGGGCAAGUGUGAUGAAAAGGGUGGUACAGAAGCGAAUGGGGUUGAAAGCAAGAAAGCCUCUCUGUCAAAGCACAAAAAGAAAGCUGAGAGCAAGCUAGAUCAGCGUUCUUUGCAGAAUGACCGGGUUUUGAAGGCUGACCAAAAUGAUAAAAAACAUCUGCUGAAUAGGUCAGUGAGAGAGGCUCGCUACGAGGGUUGCCAUGAAAAUUCCCACUGUUGUAGCAAGGCUAUCGCAGUGAAGUGCAAUUCUGUUGACUGUCAAAUGCCAAACAUCGAAGCCAAUGUGCCUCCUAUGUUAAUGCGUCCAGAACUUUCCAAUGAAAGUUUGUUAAUAAAAACACUAUAA